AUGAUAAACUUUAAUCAAAGUCUCUUUCAGUUAGUGAUUGAUAUUGAUCGUUCUGUUGCUUCAGUAAGUGGAAAUGGAGUACAUCACUCAAAUAAAGUUGUACCUGAGCCAACAUCAUUUUUCGUUCGACAAGAUAAUUAUGCACUUUCUCCUUAUUCUGGUCAAUCUGCAGUAUUUUCUCCUCAAUGUAAUGCGCCACAACAAGAUCUUACCGCUAAAUGUUGUUCAUCAUGUGGAAAUUCGUUCAAUAAAUAUUAA